CAUUUUAGCUUCUUAUGUCGAGUGAAUCCAGGCCGUAUGGAUUUAUUUUGUAAUACUACCACCACCCCGCCUCACCCCAAAUUCAAGUGAAGUGUUGGCAUUUAUCGGUCAUCGAUAAAUGAACAGGUGAAACUAGGUGGGGACUUAUCUGAAGAGCUUGAAGAGAGCAGCGUAACAGGACAGAAUGAAUGUCCUGUAUUAAAAUUUCAGAGUGGUGUGUGUGGAGAUCUCCUCCAUUGGCGCAAACAUGCGAUUAACCGAAAGCGAGGCGUUGGGCAGGUGGCUAUUCAGGCAUGUUGCUUGAUGGAAUUACGGAAAAAUACCAAGCUGAGGAAAUAGCUGCUUUCAUCAAGCUCCGCCUCCAACCCAGUAAAAAUCUGCGAGACGGAGGGAAGCAUUUUGUACUCUUCUUCGGCUUUCUGAUCUUCUCGUUUUCCGUGCGGCACCGGCCACCUGAGCCAUGAAGGACGAAGGCUGGCAACUAUCGACGAUCGCCUGGGGAGCUGCGCUUUUCGUUUGUUUUAUUUAGGUUUCUUGCGGCGUGUUACUGGUGCGGCUGGCACAGCUUUUCACCGCCGGCGGUCGGACCGCUUCGAAAAAUCUUGGCGACCUCCCGUGGACGUGUGGUCCCCCAGACUAUCUGGCUUUCCUCUACAGCUUUGCGUGCACCUGGUCAAUACAGAUGAACAAUUUUACUGCUCUACGCUACCUUGAUAUUCCUGAAGAUCCUACUUUCGUGCCAUUGAUGGCUUCAGAAAGAAAAGAGCACAAGUCAGAAUCAAAAAAUGUCUCAGCAAUUCUCCAGAGUUUGAUGGAAUCAAGUUCAUGUUCUGCAAGUUCUGCUUUCAGAUUUAAAGGGAUUCAGGACUACUUGAAAUGCUAUAGAUCUGGAAUGGUAACACCCCGACAAGUUGCCAAGAACAUUGUUGCUGCUCUGAAAGAAGUUGGGAAAGUUGAUCCUAACCUCCAGGCAAUUGCUCAGUGGAAUGAGGAGGAGAUAAUCAAGAUGGCUGAGGAAUCCACAGCUCGUUACAGAAGCAAACAGCCUCUCUCACUCUUGGAUGGAAUUCCAGUGUGCUUAAAAGAAGAAAUUAAAGUGGUGCCCUAUCACCACCGAAGUGGAACUGUAUACUUGGGCACAAAGCCGGAGACUGAAGAUGCCACUGUGACAAAGAAACUACGGGAGGCUGGUGCCAUUAUCAUUGGCGUCUCGAACAUGCAUGAAUUGGGUAUUGGGACCACUGGAUGUAAUCCCAAUAGAUAUCAUGGCACUACUAGAAAUCCAUACAAUCCCCAGCAUUUUACUGGUGGUAGUUCUAGUGGAUCAGCAGCAGCAGUGGCUGCAGGCCUCUGUCCACUGGCUAUUGGUACAGAUGGAGGUGGUUCUGUGAGGAUCCCAGCUUCUUUCUGUGGUAUUGUGGGACUAAAAGGUACAUUUGGACGAAUCAGUGGAUUUGGGUGUCAUCCUCUCUCAUAUUCUACUGUUAGUCUUGGCCCUCUCUGCACUUCAGUUGCAGAUGCUGCUAUUGCUUAUGCUACCUUGGCUGGGUCAGAUUUACAGUAUCCCUAUGGAUUGCACCAACCUGAACCAUCCUUCUCAGAAAACAUCAACACUGAUCUGAAUGGUUUAAAAUUGGGAAUUGAUUGGAGUUUCUUUAAGGCAUGUGAUACUGAAAUCUUAGCUGUCUGCCAAAAAGCAGUGGAGUUCCUAGCGGACUUAGGAGCCUCAGUAGUUGAAGUAUCUUUGCCAGAGAUAGAAGAGGUUCGUGUGGCUCAUGUAAUCUGCAUUCUCAGUGAAAUGAGAGAUUUCCUGCAGUCUGACUUCAACAAUCAGUUUGAACAAAUGAAUUUGGAGACUCGUUUGAACCUUGCAAUAGCUUCUCAAAUCACAGCCUUGGACUAUAUUAAGGCAAAUCGGCAGCGGAGUCGAAGCAUGGCUUCCCUGAAAGACAUAUUUUCCAAGGUGAAUUGUCUCCUUACACCAGGUACUGCAUGUUGUGCCCCAGCGAUCCAUGAAUCAGACCUCUUGACUGGAUGUAGUGAUGUUCAGACAACUCUACGGACCAUGAGAUACAUGCAGUUGGCCAACUUGACAGGCAUUCCAGCCCUAGUGGUACCAGUUGGAUAUACAAUUUCAGGACUUCCCAUCAGCCUUCAGAUACCGAGUGCCCAAACUGUGUGUGCGCACAUGCCCAAACUGAAAGGUGCGUGCACUCGCAAAUGUGUGCGAACAUGGUGUAUGCAUACAUGGACAUGCGCAGCAGAGACCAGAAGACCAGCUGGCCGGUGGGAGGCGGGGCAUCCCAACACUGGCAGUGCGGCAAGAGGUAAGAUCUUUUUCUUUUGUGAGCUUCUGUUUCGGCGUCUGCAGGGAAACAAAAGCUUACGAAAGAAAUGCCACGGAGAUCUGACCUGGGGCGACGGCGCACGUGCCAGCAGAGAGGGCUCUGCAUGCUACCUCUGGCAUGUGUGCCAUAGGUUCGCCAUCACGGACCUAUAUUCAUCCAAUUUCUUUUUUUUUUCAAUUUCUGAAUCUUCCUCAGAUGUGGCCAUAUUCCUUCCUAGCCCUUGUUAGGCCAAUAAUCACAGAUGGUGGAAAUAUGUUUUAUAUUUCUACCAAAUCCUACUGAAAUUCACAUAGAUCUUCCAUCUUUUGCAAAUUCAGGGGAGCAAAUAAAACUGCAUUAUUUAGUCAAAUAUUAAAUACUGAUGCCUUUUAUUUAGAAUGAGACUCAACUAUUCUAUUUGUUUGCUUAACAACUUUUCAAAAUAGAAAGAUGUCUGCUUUCUAUUACAGAAGUUUAUAGUUUACAGAAAUGAUAUUGAGGUAUUCUGUGUCUUAUGUGGCAGGUUGCUCUAAGUGUAUCCUAUUGUGUAAUAAGAAAUCUUUUUAAUAUAGUAUGGAUUUCGAAAACGGGAAAUUGGGAAGUUGUCCAUCACCUAGAAAGGGAGUUAACAUACCAUAGCAUUCCUGGCAUUCCUAAUGUUUUGACAAAAGUACCCACUCAAACAUUCAUGCAUAAGCUAUGACCAAUUUUGUUUCAAAUAUAUACUAACAAAAGUUUAUAAGUAGUCCUUAUAGCCCGUUGCUUAGCAUUCAUUCGAAUGUACAACCAAUUUUCCCAAGGCUAUCUGUCCAAGACUAUUUGGAUUCAAAAUUCUGACAGUUGGCUGCCCACCACUCCUUGCAGUCAAGUAAUUGCACUUUGGACAUCUGGCAACUGGCCCACAUUUACAACCAUUUGCAGCAUUAUGUGACUGUAGUUUAUAUUUUUUGCCAGAAACUGGUAUUUCCAGUUACCAGCAAAAAACAGCCAUUGUAGACAAAGGAUUCACUUAAUGAUUGUGAUUAUUGAUUGAUCAAUAACCACUGCAAAAACAUUGAAAACAUUGUAAAAUUGGUCGUGGUCAUGUUGCAGUCCAAUUAAUUAUUAGCAUGACUUACGACCAUAAUUCUGUAGUUGACUACAUGUAUGAUAUAUGCAUAACCAACCCCAUCUUGGCCUGAGCUAUUGGUAAUUUCCAAUAUCAGAUAAUCUAGGAUCCAAUGGCUUUGCAUUGUAAUGAGAGUGAGUUUGGUCUAGUGCAGGGGUAUCAAACUUGUGGCGUCAUGUUGUAGUCACAUGACGUAUGUGACUUUUCCUUCACUAAAAUGGGUGGGCGUGGCCAGCGCGUGACGCAUCCAGCCCAAGGGCUGCAAGUUUGACAUCAUUGGUCUAGUAGUUAAGGUGUCAGGCUAAAAGGUGGGAGAUCAGAGUUUUAGUCUUACCUUAGCCAUGAAAGCCAAAUGGGUGAUCUUGGGCCAGUCAGUCUCUCUCAGAUCUACUCACCUCAAAGGUUUGUUGGGAAAGUAGGAGGAGGAAGGUGUAUUGGUUAUGUUCACUGCCUUAUUUGUAAAAAUACUAAAGAUGGGAUAUAAAUAAAUGAAAAUUAUAUCAGGGCUUCCACCUUUGAUAGCAUUCCAACCAUCUAUGCAGUAGGUAGCUAGUUGUCAUUUCUUUAUUUUUUAAGUGUGUGAAUUGAUCAGGUUAGAGCUAUCAGACUGGAAAAGGAUGGGAGGCUUAGACUUUUCCUUUUCUGUUUUCUUAAAUCCCUGGUUUACUCUUUGGGAAGUAAGAAUUUUAAAAAGAACAAAUAGGCUACACAGAGCACCUAGAGGAGUCCUAUUUUAUAGGAUAUUUUCAGUGGUGGGUUGCUACUGGUUCGCCCUGGAUUGGGCGAACCGGUAAUGGAGGUGGAAGCCGCCCAGACGCUUCUGUGCAUGUGCAGAAACGUCAUGCACGCUCAUGAGCGAACCGGUAGCGAUGGGUUUUGAAACCCGCCCCAGAUAUUUUAUGCUUUUCUCUCAAAAUAAAUCUCUGUUCAGAGUACAUGAUACACACCAGCUGGACUAAACUAAUUAACAUACAAUUGAACUUCCUGAGUGUGGGACUUUUACAAGAUUGAAAUCUGGAAAUCACUUUGCCUCUAUUAUGUAAGGAAGGGUGUUCUGUACUUAUUAUAAUGCCUUUAAAGAAGGUCCAAUAUUUAGUUUUCCAAAAUAUAACUCUGGAAAUUCCAGUUGAAAUAAGGUAUUCUGAUUAUAUUUUGGUGACUUGGUUUGGUUUGAGCCCAGAGAAAAAUGUUGAUUUUAAUCCAUACACUUUUAGAAAACCUGGGCCACUGGUUCCUAAUGCAAAGCCUCCUUUUGUUUACCCACAAAACAUUUCUUCUAAUGCCCUUAUUCUGGAGCCUGGAAGAUGAUUUAAAAAUAAAAAGAUCUCUAUGUCUUUCUCCAGAAUUCUGCUUAUUAAUGGGACAGCUUGCAUGAGCCUCUUAUUUCAAUAGAAGACCUAUUUUCCAGUUAUUUUUGCAUUUCCAGUUUUGAAAAAAAUGUUGGUUUCCACUGAAAAACUUAUCCCUGUACAUGCUGAUGUAAUAAAUAUACUGUAUAGCCUGUGAA